AUGAAAACCUUUGAUAAUGCAAUUAAACCAACUUAAAAACCAGUUUGUUUCUCUGUUCAAGAAUUACUCCAUAGAUAUAAAUCUACUAGUAAGGAAUCAGCAUCCACUACAGAAUGCCAAGAGUUAUUCCAAACUAUUUAAUCAGACACUAACAGAUCCUUGGAAAUCCCUGAUAGCAAAAUUAUUCAACAAUACUCAGUACCUGAUUCCAUUAAGAUGACUCUAAAACAAUAUGAAAUCGAAGAAUUACCUAUAGUUUAAGACAAUGAUGUGAUUCUGCAAAUAAACCAUAUGCAUUCCAUCUUCAAGUACCUGUAACAAGAUGACUAAUCCCAAAAACUAUCCACCAAUACUAAUAGUUAACACAGCAUUACUUCCAAACAAACCUCGGAAACUUUAAACUAUUAAAUUAAUAAAACUCAGCCACAGCACAAAAUCAAUUAGCCUAGUCAAAACUAACCUUAACCAAGCAAAAAUAAAGAUGUCUCUCCCAAGAGAAGCACAUCUCCAUAUAGAUAAUUUCUACAAAGACCAUAGAACAAUUAGCCUAGCAAUUAACAAAGAAGCAAAUCCCCUUUUAUUAAGAAUGCAAUUGCAUCAAAACUUACUCCCAGAACCACUUAAAGGACUACUCCCUCUGCAUCCCCCUUCAGACAGGCGAAAGAGAAUAAUAUAUCAACUAUCAAUCAAAGAACUUUAAGGACUGACAGAUCUUAAAAUAAAUUGAUUUAAGUUAAGGUUAAGGAAACCCAUAAUUAAAAUCAAUCUCAUGUGAUAGUCGAUCUUAGUAGGUGUCCAACCUAAAGAGUUCUUAUCAAAUAAGAUUCAAAUCGACCUAAAAUGAAGGUUGAGUUAAGUCUAAAGAGUCUAAUUUAAAAUGGAGUGUGA